GUUUUGGGUGAACUUAACAAACCUAAAGCACUCUGUUUUCCACCGCCGCCCCUUGCUUCUUCAAGUUUCGAUCCCUUUCUUCCCUCUUUUACAGUCGGUCGCCAUUUUUUGGGGAGAUUGAUUAUUCCGGUUUUCAACGGUCUAGGCGCGACGCUUAGUGAACGAGUGUCUUGCCGUCGAGCCUAGCUGCUGCUUUGCUUCACAAAGCUCGUCUUUCAAAUUCUGCGCAUUGACCCACGACUUCUAAGAAGGAAGAAGGAGAAUUAAGGUGAUCAAUUUGCUUAAACCAUAAUGGAAGCAAAAAUUUUCCGCUUUCUAAAGAUAGUGGGUGUUGGAUACAAAGCCAGAGCUGAAGCAGAAGGGCGCCUCUUAUAUCUCAAAUUGGGAUACAGUCAUGAGGUUGAACUUACAGUGCCUCCUGCUGUUCGUGUUUUCUGCUUCAAGAACAACGUAGUUUGUUGCACUGGAAUUGACAAGCAAAGAGUGCAUCAGUUUGCUGCUUCUGUUCGUAGUUGCAAACCUCCUGAAGUUUACAAAGGUAAGGGUAUCAUGUACAUCGAUGAAGUGAUCAAGAAGAAACAAGGAAAGAAAUCAAAAUGAUGGGGCAAUUCUGCACGAUGCCGAUAGCAAAGUGUUUUGCCUAAUUCCAUGCGUUGGACUUACAAUGUCUUGUUUUGUCAAAAAAGUUCAAUUUCUGGGAUUCAAACAUUGGAAUUUUGUGAUUUAGAAGGCAUUUAAAUUAGCAAUAAGUUUUUGCAA